AUGGAGAGUUCUGAAGAUGAUGCGGGCACCGCAACAAGCACUUCCCGCCGCCCUUCGGCGCGGGAAAAGGACUUCGAGCGACCUGAAAACGUCUCUGCAACUGGAAGUGUACAGCAAGAAUCAUCUGAAACGCCAGUGUGUUGUGAAACCCCCGCGAUGUCGGAGGAUAAUUUCGAUGGCGACAGCGUUUCUUCGCCGUCGACGCAAGACGUCAACACAAGCACUGAAGCGAUCUUAGAUAUGAUCGACGAGAUUGUUGAUGGUCCUGGAGCACCAAAGCGAUUGCCACUUACCUUGGAAAACGUAGAGAACGUCUCGAAACUUGACACCACAGAAUGCUUAGGCGAUGUAACACAAACGUCAAAUAGUGAACCUGAGGGCAAUCUGUUACAGGAGUCAGUUUUGGAAACUAAAAAGGCUAAAAUUGAUGAUGAAAAACUAAGUUCUGAUAAUGUCCAAUUAGACAGUGCAUCUGUACAUGAUGUAUCAACAAAAACAAUUGACUUGCCAGAAGUGGACAGUCAUAUGCAUUUAAGUAAGAAAAUAUCUGAAUCAACAAGUACUCAAGAAUCUGUAGAAUUGAGUUCAGUGGUGGCACAUAGCAGACCACUUCCUAGUAUUCCUUCCAGCAGUGUAGUGCAAACAGACCAAAGUGUAUCUGAUAGAGAUGAAACUCAAACUUGUGAAAGGACAGUGAAAUGUGUGUCAUCAAGUGAUAACCAAGACAAUGUUGUAGGCAGUGCUGAAUGUACUUCAAGUGACAAUAGUUUAAGUCAAAAUAGAGCUGUAGUUUUGGAACAUGUAACUCAAUCACCAUUGCGACGACGGCUUGUAAGACCGGUGCCAAGUGACCGCCGUCCCGACUCCACAGUGUCUUCUACAGUUGAUUUGCAAAGUAUUAAUGUUGUAUCUUGUGAACAAUCUAGUAGUGAGUGCAUAGUCAAGGAUGUGUCCAGUUCGUCAGAUGCAGUACCUGUAUAUGGUAAUGUUAAGCCAGAUGAGAUUAGAAAUGUAAGUGAAGUAAGUAUCUGCAAAGCAGAAACAUCGGUGAGUCCCCUUAAAAGAAUUAAGCUUAAUAGACAGAAAGCUAACCCUCAAGUAAGCUGUAGAGACAUAGCGGUUGAUCAACAAUCAUCUGUUACAAGUAAUCAAUGCCAAUCAACUUCGGAGACUGUUUCAAAUGAAUCUUGUUCCGAGUCUACAAAUAUAAUAAGCACAUCAAAGUCAAAUAUUACUGAUUGUAAUGAGGUUUUAAACGUAAAAAGUAAAAUAAGUCAAAAAAGUAUUCUAAUAGACCCUUGUAUUUCAUCUGAAGAGCCAUUCAAUGAGUGUGAAAAAUCACAAAAUGAGGCAGCAGUACAGCCAACAAAUCUUUGCACAAGUAAUGCAGUCCUGUCUCAAGAAAGUUUGAAAAAUAAUGAUCUGAAAAAAGUGCCACCGAUAAAACUAAAUAUUUCUACGACAUGUGGGAAGGAUUCAGUUUCAGAUUUAAGUGUAAAACUUUUGGAACAUAAAAGUGAAAAUAGCUGCAGUAACACUAUCUGUGAAGAGUCUGACUCAACAAAACAAGUACCAAAAUUAACUAUCAAACUGAGUAAUAAACAAACUGAGGAACUAAAACCUGCUGUUCCAAAAUUGACUAUAAAACCAAUUAGAGUGCCUUUAGAAGAGGAAAUCGUUAAAUCUGAUGUUCAAGAGGAAAUUCCGUGUGUAAGAAAAGUACAUAUUAAACCUAUUAAAAAACCAGAUAAAAUAAAGGAAAUUCAUCGUAAAUCUAGCAGCAGUGAAAUAUCUGAAUCAGAAUGUUCUGAAAAUGAUGAUAGUACUAGUACAUCAGAUCAAGCCUCAACAUCAGAUCAAGGACCAAUUGAUGUUGUGCCAAAAGUAACUAUAAAACUUGGUAAAGUUGGUACUGAAUCUGAAGGCCAAUUCUAUACAGAAAGAAAUAUUCCAAAACUUACAAUAAAAGGUAUUCAGCAGAAUGACACUGAAGAACAAGACCAUUCAUCGAAUUUAAAACUUUUCAUUAGUCAACCUGAAGAUAAGUCGACAGAAAAAAUACCAAAAUUAACAAUUAAAACAUUAGCUAAGACUGAGAGUCAACCAUUAAGUCCAAAGCUUACCAUAAAGCCCAUAAAACAACCAGAAUCUGAAAGUUACGAACAUAUCCCAGUUGUAAGAAAGAUCAAUAUAAAGCCAAUUAUUAAACCUGCAGAAAGCAAUGAAAUAAUGGAAAAUUUGGAUGAUAAAGUUCCUGUAGUUCCAAAAUUGAACAUUAAGCCUAUAGUUAAACCAAAAGAAAAUGAGAUAGAUUCUAACAAAGAAGAUUUUUGUCAUCAGUCUUCAGAAAAUUCAAGUGAUGACAACACUGACCAUAUACCUGUGGUUUUAAAAUUAAAUAUAAAACCUAUAGUAAGACCAAAUGAAGGUGAGGAGUCGAAAUCUAGCAUAUCUAAUGAUGACAGUAUUCCUAUUGUAACAAAACUUAAUAGAAAACCAAUACUGAAGCCAGAAGAAAAUACUUCCACUUUAUCACCUAAAAAAGAAAGCUUAAGAAGUGCUGAUCAUAGGAAUUCUAUAAUACCUGUUGUUACUAAAGUAAAUAUUAAGCCUGUUUUAAAACCUGAAGAAACACACAAAGUUAUGGAUGAAGCAGAAGAUUUGAGAGUAAAAAAUCCUCCACUGCUUAUGAAAAUCAAUAUAAAAACUGUGGAUACUGUUAGUAGUGAAAAAGUUCUAAUUAAUUCAGACAAAUGUGGUGACAACGGAGAACAUAUAAACAACGCAGUGGAUGAUGUAUCUAUAACGUCAAAAAUAAAUAUUAAGCCCCAAUCAAAAAUAGUUAGUAAAGAUGUAUCUUCUAAUAAAUCUUCUGAUGAUAACGAACAAAAUACUGCAUUGGUUGAAGAUAUAUCAAGUAGUAUAAUUAUUAAGGAUACAGAAGGUCAAUCUAAUAGCUUACAUAGUGUGCUAAAACAAAACUGUGUUGGUGUGAAUGAAAAAGUCAGUCAUUUGCAGAAUAUUGAAACACAUGCAGAAGAAACAAUAUUGUUGGAUGUGAAGAAAACUACUCCUACGUCUAAAGAAAGUACAAUUCAACAUCACAUAUCACACAAAUCUGACAGUGUUUCUGAUGUAAAUAAAUUAGAUUGUUCUCAAUCAAAUAAAUCAAACUUAGUACAAUUAUGUGAAUCUACUAUAGACUUGGAAGACAAUAAUGAAAACAGUUUAAAACCUGCUAAUUCAUCAUUGGAAUGUGUAGUGCCUAAUAUAAGCAACAAACAAAGUUCUCCAUCAACACAAAAUUGCACUUUAUUAAAGAAACUUCUAGAGACUAAGAAUGAAAGCUUAGGUGGAAAAAUGGAUGAAAAUCAAACUGUAAUAAGUAAUUGUUCAUCUCCAACCUUAAGGUCAAAAACCCUAGUCUCUGAUCACAAGGAAGAAGCAGCCAUAAAUAGUAGUACUAAUGUAACAAAUUCUGAAGCUUGCCACAAAGUUGAUACUGCUAAUAAUGAUCCCAUUAUUUCGAGCGAUGGAAUUAUUACCAGUUCAAUUAGAAAUCAUUUAAUUGAGGGAAUUCCAAAAGAAAUUAAUGAAAAUUUAACAAGACCUUUAGAAAUUAAUGUAUCAGAAAAAAUAGCAAAUCAAAGUGUAACAGAGCAGGACUCACCUCGAAUAAUAUUAAAAAUUAAUAAGACUGAUCAUGGCCCUUCAGCCAAAAUUAUGACAGAAGACAUAAAAAGACCAGAACAAAAAAUUUAUACAGCUGAAAAUACUCAAGAUGAAAUAAAUGAUAGUGAAAAUAUUAAAAAGAAUACAUUAAACAGCAGGAGGAAAACACUUGGAAAUAUUAAUCCAACUUUACAAUUAGGCAAAAGAUUGAGGAGUUCCAGGGUAGUAGAAAAUGCAGAUAAGUCUCCCAUAUCAAAGAAGAAUAUUUUAAAAAGGCCAGCAACUACAGAUACAAGUCCAACUCAGAAUAAAGAACCAGAGCUAUCUGUUCUUGAAACAAAAAGGUUGAAGUUGGGACAACUCUUAUCCAACAAAUCAUUAUCUGUAACACCAGUGGUAACCAAAACUGAACAGUUAUCACCAAAGAAGCCAUCUGUAGAGAUUAAACAAGAGGGAAUAAAUGUUAAUCACAAUGUAUUAAAUAGUGAAAACUGUUCCAAAAAUGGCAACUCCAAAUUACAUAACAUUUUAUCAAAUUUGCAUGCUAAUCAACAAAUACAAGUAAAACCCUUCAAUGAUAUUUGUCAUUCUGAUAAGAAACAAAGUAUAACCCCAGAACCUGAAUCUAGUGCUUCAACAGGUAGCUGUGACCGAGUUGAAUUGAUGCCAAUAGGAAAAAAUCAACCUGAGGUGCAAGAAUUGAUUUUCCAUGGCAACUCUGAGUCACAUGAUUUCAACAUGGCACCUGAAGAAGUAUCUCAAGAUCCAUUGGAAGUAGAUAGUCCAAAACCCCCUUCAGGUAUUCAUAUUGAAAAUUUUAACAUUCCUAAGCCUACAACACCACUCAUGGUAUCUACACCCCAGCCAAGGAAGCGUGGUAGGCCACGAAAAAUUCCACUGUCAGAAGGUGCCAAAGUUGUCUUGCCUACACCUGCGCUUGAAGAGAGACCUCAAAGAUCUUUACGCUUAUCAAGGGAUAGACCUAUGAUAUUGACAAAACCAAGAGGUAGAGGACGAGGACGCGGCUCCCGACGUCUUGAUAACUCUUCUAAUGCAUCCUCAUCUGAGACAGUGAUGGAAGCAGCAAACAAAUUCUUUGAAGACCAUAAAUCUGGAGAAGCUAUUGAUCCUACUAGUUCGAGAAUAAAACUUCCGCGGAUGACUGAAGCUUUGGAUAAGAUGCCUUGUUCAACACCACUCAGCAGUAGGAGACGGAAUUCAUCAAUAGGAGAUUUGAAACUUUUCAGUGAUGUUUCAGAAUUGAAAGUUGUACUUGAUGGUACACUGCCUAACUUGGAUGAUUCAUUCAUGAAAUCACCGGAAAGUGGAGAGCGCCGGGGGCGAGGUUCACGAGGGGGGCGAGGGAGCAGAGGCGGUAGAGGCCGUGGAGUUAGCCGUGGCCCACGAGGUCGGGGCAGAGGACGUGGCGGUGGUCGCGGUGCUAAGUACAUGAAGGAAACCAUGGGCAUUUAUGGUCGUGUCUGUGGUCCUGCUACAACAACUGUACAAUUGUUUGAAGAGGAAACUUGCAUGAUGGAUGACAAUGCCACUCCUGCAAAGCCAUCGCAUUUACUUGAUGAGGAUUCACAAAGUUCUGUAAAAAGUUCAACUAAUGAGAGUAGUAAAACGAAAAAAUCCAAAUUUGCAGAUUUAUUUGAUAGCAAUAAAGUGUGGACGGCUGCUGAUGUUAAAGAAUACAUGUGGCCACCUCCUGAGAAACCUUCAGCUGAACAUCAGGUAAUGAUGAUUCAAGAACAAGUUGCUAUGUUCCUUGGCGUUAAAAGUUUUAAGCGGCGAUAUCCCGAACUAAAAAGACGAACAAUUUGUGGUGAGGAAAGGGAUUAUGUUCUAAGUAAAGGACUAGUUACAGAAGCUCUUUGUGAUCUUGGAAUUACUGCAGUAGAUGCAAGUGAAGUCUUAGACAUUAUGCUAUCGGACUACCCACAUAAGUAUGAGGAAUAUCGUUCCCAUCAAUGCCGGAGGCAGCUGACUGAGCCUCAGGAGGAGACAGUGGAAGAAAUAAAACAGGAGAUAAAGGCGGAAAAAAUUGAAAUUAAACAAGAGCAUAAAUCAACAGACAAUAAACCAGAACAAUCAAAAGUUGACCUGGAAAAGACCAGACAGGACAUGGCGGCUGCGGCGAUCGCGUCUGCGAGCGAGUGGAACGCGCGGCUGAACGCGUCGCGGCGGCCGGCGUGCGCGGACCUGCAGUCGCUGACGCUGCAGCGCCGGCGCGCGCCGCCCGCCGCCCCGCCGCCGCCCCGCGUGCGCCCGCCGCACGGCUUCUACCCGCUGGCGCUGCUGCCCGGCCAGUACCAGCACUGCUACCGCGUGUACUCCAGCGACCAGCUCAGAUACUUCCCGUUGAAUACGGCACUAGCAGCGCCACCCGCUGUGGCGUCUGUGGAGUCCAGCUCUGACUCGGAGCCCGACUGGAUCGAGCGCUCCUCCUCCGCGGACUCCGACGUCGAGACGCACCCUCCUAAGCGUAAGAAGCUUAUAAAAACCAAACGCAGCAGUCAAGCUGAGAGUCAAGUGGCGGCAGUGAAGGAGGAACCACAGGAGGGCGAAGUGGACACUUGUCGUGUUUGCAAGCUGCGGCUCGAAGCCAAUCGCAAAUACACGCAUGAGAGGUUCCUCGUCUGCUCCAAUUGUAACGCUAAGCUGCACCCGGGGUGCGUGGAACUGGGCGCGGACACGAUCCGCAAGUGCCGCGAGUACGCGUGGCAGUGCGCCGAGUGCAAGACGUGCUGCGCCUGCCGCCUGCCCGCCGACGACGACAAGAUGCUGUUCUGCGACCUGUGCGACCGCGGCUUCCACAUCUACUGCGUGGGCCUGCACCACGUGCCCAGCGGGCGGUGGCACUGCGCGGAGUGCGCGGUGUGCAAGUCGUGCGGCGCGCGCGAGCCGGGCGGUGCGGGCGGCGCGGGCGGUGCGGGGGCUGCGGGCGCGGGAGGCGCCGGCGAGGCGCCCGCCGAGUGGCACCACCAGACGCGGCGCGGGCCCGGCGGACACAAGCUGUACUCGCACUCGCUGUGCACGCCCUGCGCCAGGGCGUAUCGCAUCGGUCGCUACUGCCCGCUGUGCGAGCGCUCCUUCAUCGGGCCUAAGGGGACUAUGCAGCUCGUCAUAUGUAAACUCUGCGAUAGGCAACUGCAUCAAGAUUGCGUUAGGCAGACGGUGUCAAAUCUGAACGUGCUGGAUUACACUUGCGGAGACUGUCGGCGUGGCGGGAUCACCUCUAGAGCGGCGGCCGUUCGCCUCGCGCCGAGGACGAUCGCAACGCUUUUCAUGGCGAAGCGCCGUUUCAACAAAUACGCUCACCGCCAAUACCUGCAGAGUCGUUUGCAAGGGCGGUCUAAAGCCUCCGAGAAUUCGAACGACGUGGUCGAUGACGCGACAAACGACGCGACCAACGACGCGAUCGAGUCGUGUGAGCGUCCCGACAGAGUGGACGACGCGUCGGACGUGUCGGAAGGCGCUGAAGAAGUCCCGGACCCGCUCGACGUCGGCGACAUCCCACCCGACUCCACCGACCCGACUGUUUGA